CCCCACCCUCACCCUCUACCGCCCCCCCACCCAACCUCACCGCCCCCACCCUCCACCCCCUACCCACCCCAAACCUUACCCGCGCCACCCUCACCCUCUACCGCCCCCCCCCAAACCUUACCAGCCCCACCCUCACCCUCUACAUUCUGGGGUGAGUGGCAGAUCCUGUGUUUGUUUUAUUUUUGA